UCUUCUCGUCACUAUACGUACGUCAAAAAGAGAAAAGAAAAAAAACUUCUUCUCUCUCCUCUAAGCUUCCCAUUCCUCUCAGCCAUGCUCUCCUCCCUCUCCGCCGUGACCCCGCGCGUCAACGUCUCGGCAACACCUGCCCUGGUGCGCCCGUAGCGCAGCCGCACGACGGCCGGCCGGCAACCCGACCUAUGCUCCCCGACCAGUCGGGCAUUGGCUGACCCCCAAAUGCCUCACACUAACUAGCCGCCGCUUGUACAUAGACACUACCGCAAAGUCGAAGAAGAUUAAGGAUAGAGAGAGAGAGAGGAAGGAUUCCCCGCACGUUUGCCAAAUCGGGCCGCCGCUGCCUUCUCGUCGCCGGAGAGGAAUUUUAGCCUCGGCGGCGCCCAGCUUUUUUAGUAUAUCUAUAAGUUUUUGUUUUGGUUGAUCCUUUUUUUUUUGGAGUGGAUUUCACUGUUUGCGGGCGAUGGGAGUGGUGGAGUUCUCGGUGCUGGGGGCGGUUCAGAAGUUUCGAUCCCUCAUCACCGGCUCCACGCCCGCCGCCGACGAAGAAGCCCGCCAGGCGAGCGCACCACCGUCGCCCGCAACGCCGCCGCGCAGCGGGGGCGUAUCUCCGGUGGAUUCGCCGCCCCCCGCAGCGAGAUCCGGAGGCAGGCGUGCCAUCGCCCUCCGCCGCCAGAUCUCGUCGCCACAGCCUCUCCGCUGCUACCCUGUCAGCGGAACUGGUUUUCAUGGGUGCAGACGAGCAGAUGGAGAGGAAAACGACGGGCCUGGGAAGUUUUUCAGCCCAGGGAACGACUGCUUAAAUGACCUCUCAGACACUGACUCUGUUAGCGAGCUCAACCGGUCUAUGACCCUAAGCCCCUUGGAGAGCCCGACCUGGAUGGUCUGGCAGAAUGGCGGCACACGAACUUCCAGGAGAAACGGCCGUUUCAGCCUGGAUUCUCUUGAACAUGGUACUAAGACCAUUGCUGAAAGUAGUGGGGAAAGCGACACAAAUAAACAUCAAGUUGAUUUUGAUGCCAAUAUUUGGCGCCCACCACCGCCGGAAGAUGAGGGUGAUGAUGCCGAGUUGAGAGUAUUUGGAUUUGACGACGACGACGAUGAUGAUGGGGUUGAGGAGUCAAGCAAUCUUCUUGCCCUUGGCUGCUUUAGCACCAACAAAAUGGUUGGUGCUGACAUGAUCACAGAUAUAGCCCAUGCCGAGGGUCUGAGGAAUGCUGUACUAGGUCAUUUUCGUGCUCUUGUGGCUCAGUUACUGAAUGGAGAAGGUAUCAGUGUCGGAAACGAUGAUGGAUGCAUAAGUUGGCUUGAGAUAGUGUCGUCCUUAUCCUGGCAAGCUGCUAGUUAUGUGAGACCAAAUACAAAGAAAGGUGGAAGCAUGGAUCCUACUGAUUAUGUCAAAGUCAAAUGUAUAGCAUCUGGGGAUCCGACUGAUAGCAAUCUUGUUAGGGGAGUUGUUUGUUCCAAAAACUUAAAACACAAACGCAUGAUGUCUGAGCAUAGGAAUGCAAAGUUGCUCAUUUUAGGAGGAGCACUUGAGUACCAAAGGGUCACUAACAAAUUAGCAUCAAUAGACACUAUUCUUGAACAGGAGAAAGAGCACCUGAGAACGAUUGUCAGAAAUAUAGAGUCUUUGCAACCAAAUGUGCUGCUAGUUGAGAAAAGUGUCUCAUCGUAUGCCCAGGAGCUCUUGGCAAAAGGAAUUUCAUUAGUUCUAAAUGUCAAGAGGCCACUCUUGGAGAGGAUAUCAAGAUGCACAGGAGCUCAAAUUGGCUCAUCAAUUGAAAAUAUUGCUUCAGCAAGGCUAGGCCAGUGUGAAAUUUUCAAGGUGCAGAAAUUUUUGGAAUUUCCACCAGGAAAGCAGACAAACAGGAGAUCAACUAAAACAUUGAUGUUCUUUGAAGGCUGCCCAAGGCGUUUGGGCUGCACUGUUUUACUGAGAGGGCCCUGUCGAGAGGAACUAAAAAAAGUUAAGCGUACAGUACAACUUGCAGUCUUUGCCGCCUAUCACCUCUCUCUUGAAACAUCAUUCUUCGCUGACGAAGGCGCAACUCUUCCUAAAGGUCCUUCAAGGCCCGUAAUAGAGUUGCCAGAUAUUCGAGGUGACACAGAUUGUUUUGCUGGAUCUGCUGGAGUUGGCAUGCCUCAUAAACUCAAACAAGUACAACGCGAUGAUUCACGGAUGUUUGAGGAAAUUUCUGUAUCACCUAGAUCAUUAUGUUUGAAUGAGGAAGGUGAAAGUGUCGUCUUUGAGCAUAGGGAAUCUGGAUCUUGUGUUGAGCACAGGGAAUCUGGAUCUCCUGUUGAUGAUUACUUACCCCAUGCAAUUGGUUCGUGCGAAGAGAGUAAAAUUUCUCCAUAUUUCCUUGAUCUUGAUCCAAGAACUUCAGGGAAGAAAUGUCAAGAAGUAGACCAUUGGAAUCAUAAACGACAUCAUGACUGUCCUGCCGGAGACUGUAAUGACCAGAAUGAAUUUUCUGGUGAAUUCUUUGGUACCAAUGACAACCAUCAGAGCAUCUUAGUUUCCCUAUCAAGCACUUGCAUUCCCAAAAGCUUGGUAUGUGAGCGUCCACAGCUCUUCCGCAUUAAGUUUUACGGUAGCUUUGAUAAGCCACUUGGGAGAUACCUCCGGCAAGACUUAUUUGAUCAGGCAUAUUGUUGUCCAUCAUGUAAAGAACCAUCAGAAUCACAUGUAAGGUGCUAUAUUCAUCAGCAUGGAAGCUUAACAAUUCGUGUUAGGCGGCUUCUGUCUCAGAAGUUGCCAGGGGAGCGUGAUGGGAGGAUAUGGAUGUGGCAUAGAUGCCUGAAGUGCGAACCUAAGAAUGGUGUACCACCUGCUACGCGGAGGGUAAUUAUGUCAGAUGCUGCUUGGGGCCUGUCAUUUGGGAAAUUCCUGGAGCUAAGCUUUUCAAACCGCUCUACUGCUAACCGAAUUGCAAGCUGUGGGCAUUCUCUCCAGAGAGACUGUCUUCGUUUCUACGGAUAUGGGAACAUGGUGGCCUUCUUCCGAUAUUCUCCUGUUGAUAUUCUAUCAGUUACCCUCCCCCCCUCCGUAUUGUGUUUCAACUGUCACAGUUCACAAGACUGGACCAAAACGGUGGCAGUUGAGAUAUAUGGCAAAAUGAAAUCCUUACACUGGGAGAUAUCUGAUUUUCUCCAUCGCACUGAAAAGAAUAUUCCAAGUGAGGAUGAUCCGGUCAAGACAGGUAUUCAUAGGCAGAUAAUUGAGAUGAAGGAUUUGCUUAAAAUGGAAAGAAACGAAUGCGAGAUUUUGCUCUUACCUGUUAUUAGAGAUAGUAAUCACCACGUGCAGGCAUCAAUUGAUAUUCUGGAGCUCAACCGCUUGAGGCGUGGCCUUAUUCUUGAUGCUUACCUUUGGGAUCGGAGGCUAUGUCACAUAGAUUCACUUAUUGAAACAAAUGGUAGUGUUUCAAAGAACAAUCCUGCUACCGAAUUUCUCUUGGACAUCAGACUGAAGGAGUGGAAAACUGAUUUGCUUGAGGCGGACACAAAUAUUGGAAAACCCACUUGUUUGUUGCAGUCACCUGGAAGUCCAAGAAAAUCUUUGUUAUCCAGAGAGGUCUGCUUCAGUGAUGACGAGUACAGUAUCUCUGGGAAAAAAUUGCAGAUUGAUCUGGUUGACCAUCCUGGUGAUGAUACAGAAGAUCUUGACAAGGUCUUCAGCAAAUUCAAUGGAGAGAAAGAAUGGCCAUCCACUAGAGCUGCCAUUGGUAUGGAACCUGUUGAGAGGUUACCCUCACUUGCGUCUAUUUUUUCUGAUAACAUUGAUUUAGCAUGGACUGGAUCCAGUGAGUUACAGUAUGAUCUUCCACAAGAUUUCACCAAAAUUGAUGAAAAUGGAUCCCUUAAUUUGUUGGAUAACCCAGUUUACAAGAAUGCCCCUGUUAGAAUUCACUCAUUUGAUUCUACAGUAGCAUCCCGUCAGCGAGAACGCACUGGAUUAGCUCCUACUUCAUUGCAUCUAUCGUCAUUCAGAUCUGCUGAGUAUUUCGGGGGUUUGACUAGCAUCACAAAAGAUCCAAUGCCAAAUAUAAGGAGGGCUUGUUCUCAAAGGUCACCUGGGGCGAUAGAGAAAUUAAAUGUUAUUCUAACUCGUUCACCCACACAUAUCUCAUCCGCUUCACAUAUGGUUGAUGACGGGGCACGGCUGCUGCUGCCCCAGAUUGGCAAUGAAGAUGUUGUUGUUGCAGUCUAUGAUGAUGAACCCACCAGUAUUGUUGCAUACGCCAUGACUUCAAAUGAAUAUGUGCAGAAAGUCACACGAAAACUAAAUUCAACUUCGAGUUUUUCACAUCUUCCAAAUGCCACCGAGUUAAACCAUGGACUUGAGCAGUCAUUGCCCUCACAGGAAAACAAUCUGGAUUCUGAAGGAACUCACUUUAAGUUUUCUUUUGACGACGAAACCCCUCUUCCUGCAGAUAAUGCGAAGUUCUCUGUGAUUUGUUAUUUUGCAAAGCAUUUUGCUGCGCUUAGAGAUAAAUGCUGUCCAAAAGAUAUUGAUUACAUUCGUUCACUAAGUCGCUGCAAGAGAUGGUCUGCCCAAGGUGGAAAAAGCAAUGUUUACUUUGCAAGAACACUGGAUGAGAGGUUCAUAAUCAAACAAGUCACCAAGACAGAGCUGGACUCUUUUGUGGAAUUUGCUCCUCAGUACUUCAAGUAUUUGAUGGAAUCCUUGGCCUCUGGUAGCCCAACUUGCCUGGCAAAAAUAGUAGGAUUAUAUCAGGUUAAUGUCAAGGGCUUGAAAACUGGGAGGGAAGUGAAGAUGGAUCUAAUGGUGAUGGAGAAUCUUUUCUUUGAAAAAAAGAUACCUAGGGUGUAUGAUCUGAAGGGUUCAUUACGCUCUCGCUACACAUCCGGUGAUAGUAAAGUCUUGUUAGAUUCAAACCUCAUAGAGGCACUGCAUACAAAGCCUAUAUUUUUAGGGAGCCGAGCAAAGCGAAGAUUGGAAAGAGCUGUCUGGAAUGAUACUUCGUUUCUUGCGUCAGCGGAUGUCAUGGAUUACUCACUUCUUGUUGGAAUCGACGAGGAGAAGAAAGAACUCGUCAUCGGCAUCAUCGAUUACUUGCGCCAAUACACCUGGGACAAACAGCUUGAGACUUGGGUGAAGGCCUCUGGCAUCCUGGGAGGCCCCAAGAACGAAGCCCCCACCAUUAUAUCCCCGAUGCAGUACAAGAAGAGGUUCAGGAAGGCCAUGUCCAAGUACUUCCUCACCGUCCCUGAUCAAUGGACCUCUUAACAACUACUCGUAGCGAUUAACUAGACCGCCAGAAGCGUUGUGGCAGUAGCGAAUGUUGCGGUGAGGAUCAGCUGAUUCAUUUUGUACACAGUUGUGGCAAUUGGGAUGUAGGCAUAGAUAGGAUCACCCUCUCCCUGGAUACCAAGCAUGCUAAUUGCAGUGUCCAGCCAAAGAUAGGAGGUGUGAUCGUUGUACAUUGUGACCAACAUAGUUACUAGAGAAAGUUAUCAUAUAAUCCAGAGGAAGGUACUUCUGCUACAUUAGGUUGUAUGCUACUACCCCAAAGUAGAGAAGUGUGCAAUAUACAAAAUAAGUGCAUUCAUCGGCACACUUACA